GUUGGAACCAAGUAUCACUAAGUUCCAAGCCUUUGCUUAAAAAUUAAAGGCGCUUAAAAAAAUAUGUCAUCUUAUAUGGCAAUUGUUAAUCGAUCAUGUGGCAGUAACGAGGAACUUAGUAAGGCGUACUAUGAGGUGUGAUAACUAUUGCCCAAAAUGUGGUGACUAAAAUAAAUCUGUAACUCAUGCCAAUUUUGAAUGCCCGCCAGCUCUACAAGUUUGGUCACUAUCAUCAACUCCAACAAGUUCUGAUGUUUUUUCAGUACCAAGCGUCUACACAAAUAUAGAUUACAUGUUCUGGAUUACCUCAUUGGUUCACCAUGAAUUCAUUCGACACCCCCACAUUGUGAUUGAUUUGCCAUUCCCCACACAUGUUUUGAAGCCCUAAGCUAAGAGUUCUUUACCAACUUGUAUGCUUCUCCAACCAUAAGAUGGUUUUAAUUAAUCCUAUUUUGGCUGAUAGAAAAUCAUUAUUUUUUGAAAUAUUUGCUCGUAAACUGAUGUAUCUUGGUAUUUACUAAUUAUUUAUAUAUAUUGUUUUUAGUGAUUUUUUUCGGUUUUUAGUCUUUUAUCUAUGUUUUCAGAUACUAUAGGUGUAGGUAGAUAUAAGAGUUUAACUUAAACAAUAAAAAGAUAAUACAUAGAUAUAGAUAUAAAUGUCUACUUAUGUUAAUGAUUUUCUUUUCUUGUAUAAUAAUAUUACAUUUUCUUAUCAAACCGUUUUAGCGGUGAAUAAUAUUUAUUUAAAUUAAACCAAUUUUAAAUAAAAAACAGAUAAAUGUACUACUUUUAUAUAAUUUAUCAUAUUUAACGCAUAUGGUAAUUUUAUUUUAAUAUAAUAUAGACUAUAAUUAUAAAAUUUAUAAGAGCAGCAUAUAAUAUUUUUAUAAUAAAUUUUUAAUUAACAUUAAUUUAUAUUAUUAUUAUAUUACAUAUUACAAAAUUAAUUAAUACAAUAGUUUAUUAAAAACAAUUUGAAAAUUUUAAUAAGAUUUUUGUUAGAUUUUCUCAACAGAUUAUGUUAUAAUUAAAAAUAUUAUUCAUAUCUAUUUAUUAAUGUAAAUAAUUAAUAAUAAUGAAAUGGUCAUACUAUGACUUUUGUACAAUAUAAUUUUUUAGUGACUCUAUAUUUUUUUUGGAAUUAAAAUGACUCUAUUUUCAUAAAAUAUAUUUUAAUAAAAUAGAUUAAUAAAUAUGUGACUCAUAUAAGACAUAAUUAAUGUUUAACAAUUAUAUUUUCAUUUCAUAAAUCAUAUCUAAAAUUUUACAGCUGCAAAAAUUACAUAACAUAAAUUUAACAGCAAAAAAAAUUAAAAUCACAGCUUCAACCAAUCAAGUCAAAACUCUUCAAUUUUAGAGAGAUCUAACAGCAGUUUUGCUUCUUCUUUUUUUUUUCAAAAAUGGAAAUUCAUAAUUUCAAAUGUGAAAUAAGAAAGACCUUUGUUGACAAAAAAAGAAAAAAGAAAUAAGAAACACCUUUUACAAAAGAUUGAGAGAAAUUUUCACUCUUGUUUUUUUUGGGGGUCAAACUCUUGUUUAUAUAUAUACUAGAUACAGACCCGCGCUGUGCGCGGAUAUUGUUUUUGUAAAUUUUUAUUAGAAUUAUUCAUAUUAGUCAUGGGCAUUUGGUUUAUGGUUUCGGUUCCAUGGUUCGAUUUUAGAGAUCCAUUCGGAUUUUUAGAAAAUUUGAUUUUGUUCCGGUUCUUUUUUUUUUGUUUUCAGUUUGGAUAACAAAAUUCAAAAUCAGCUAAUAUCCGAGAUAAUUUUAGAUUCUAUUUGGUUCCGGUAAUGUUCCAUUUUUCUGUUAAUUUGAUUUAAAAAUCAUAAAAUUCGGGUAUUUUAUAUUAUUAAAUAUCAGUUUUUUUGGUUUUCGGAUAAAAAAAAUUGGAUAAUUCAGUGACGUUUAUAUUUUGAUAAAAAUAUUCUGGUGAUUCAGAUUUUUGUGUAUUUUGUUUUUAAAUAAUAUUUUUAAAUUAUUUGAGAUUAGAUUAUUUCAUUUUGAGUUUUUAUUUAUAAUAUACUUCUUCUUUACCAUUUACGUUUUUUGGAGAACUCCUUAUAAUUUAAUUUUGUUUUGUUGUUAAGACUUGUCAUGAAUAUAUGCACACAUUUGGUUGUUUUUCUUUUCUUUUUAAUUUAAUCAAACAAAUAUAAACACCUUUGGGCCAUAUGAUCAACUUGAUAGACGUAAUAGACCCAUUAAUUUGGAAGGAAUUAAAUUUUUAGUCUAAUGAAAUUGGUCCAUUAGUUACAGAAGAUCAAGAAAAACAAAAUAAAGCCCAAAGUUAUUUUUUUCCGGGAAGGUGAACAACUUUAACGUGUCGGAAAAAAAAACUUAACAACUUUACUUUCUUGGUCUUCUCUGUCGGUGAUAUCGUCCUCGUAAUCGUCUUCUCGAUAACAACAAACAAAAUUUGUUGAAUCUACCCCCGUUUGCUGAUGAGAAAUUCAAAAUCGUUCACUCUAUCAUCUUCACAAUCGAUCUACUGUCAUUAAGGUAGGAUUGUUUUUGUCUGUAUACUAUCAUAUUAAACGAUCAGGGUUAUAAAACCUCCAAAUCGGAUUGGUAUCUUGAUCUGAUGGAUCUUUAUACUCUAUUUGUAGAUCGAGCAUGACUAUGACCUUUCAAGGCAUGACUAUAGAAAAUAUGAGGCGAAGGAAGAUGUUUUAUAGUGAUUUGGUUAUAAAAUAAGGUUUAAUGGUAUUGAUAAAAAAUAUUGUGAAUUCAAAAACAAAAAGAGAUCUAUAGCAUAUUCCGAUUUUCAUAUUUUUUAGGAGCUGUUAAAGGUAGUUUAGAUAUUCAGUUUUUGUUUGCAAGUCACGUUAGAUUAAUGUAUUGUGAAGAUAUUCUGAAUUCCAAAAAUGAAAUAUAUUUAUAGCAUAUUCCGGUUUUCAUAUUUUAUAGGAUUUUUUUGCAAGACACGUUAGUUUAGAUUUGAUAAAAUCUCCCUAUUGAUGUGGUUAGAGUAUUUUAGUUUACGAUUUAUAAUCUAAAAAUAUCUGAAUAAAACCGUUGAUAUGACUGGAAGUGUUUAAUUCAAAUUUUGGUUUUAAUAGAUCAAACUAAACAUAUGUAAUAUAAACAGUGACCAUGAUCAAAACUCUAUAUGAGAGUAGCUUGUAUGCAAUGUAUAUUGUUGUUUUAAAUUUUUUUUUCACCUAUUGGAAUGUUCUGUACGUUGAAAGAUGAACCAAAUAACUCAUAAUCUGACAUUAAAGUUAUUAUAUCUAAUAAUAUAUCGUGCAAGUUUGGAUGGUUUUGUACGAUAGAGUUUGGUUUAAUUAAAGUCAACGGGUUAUGUUAUUUAUUUAACAUAUCAUUUAAUUUCGGAAGGGCUUAGUAUAUUAGAUGUUGGUCUAGUUAAAGUGAACCAGUUAUGUUAUUUAAUCAGCGUGUAUAUAGUUAUUAUGAUAACAAAUUUAUACGGGUCCAAUAUAUAAGGUAGUCUAGUAAGGAAACUGAAAGAGUCCAAAAUUUAAAAUGAACUUUCUUAGGUAGAUAAAAAAAUAGGACUCUGUUUUAAUAGAUUAGACUAGAUCUCGAUCCGCGCAACCGCGCGGGUGUUUAUUUUCAUUUAUUUUUAUAGAAAUAGUUUAUUUUUAAUUCUACAUUGGUAUAUAUUAGUAUAAUAUAUAUGAGGUAUGUCUAUCACUUGUUAAAACAUAAUAAUUUUAUUGUAUAUUUUUUUUUAUUGAAUUGGUUGUUUUCAUAUCAUGUUUUUGGCUUGGAAAAGAUUGAUAAUUAUUUAAUUCCUAUAAUGUAGUAGACAUAUUAUUUAGUUCUUAUAAUCUAGAAAGUGAGUUAUUUAGAUCUAUAAUAAUGAUAAGAUUAUAAAUUAAAUGUAACAUGAUUUUUUAGUAAUAGGUCCAUUAGGUCCAUUUUUUAAAAAAUCACACAUGAGUCAAAGUUGUGACUUCUCUUUUAAUAUAUAAGAUAUAUAUGUAGGGAUACAUUAUUUCUCUUGUAAAAGCUCUUCUCCUUUCAGUUCGUCAAUGGAGCCCGCCGUGGACAGAAAGGCUGGAAUUCCUGAAGUGAUCGAUAAGAAAAACAAAGGGAAUUCUAUACUAAACUAUCAGCCUUGGUGGUUUCCGAAUUUUAGCAGCAAGAGAACCUCAGCUCGAGCUAAUUUUAAAAGAUUUGACAGUGUUCAGCACUUCUCAGAUCAUCACUAUGUUUUGAAGGGGAAUGCUUCAAAGCAGCACUCAAGGACUUGGGCGAAAAAGAUUCAAGCAGAUUGGAAGAUUCUUGAGAAGGAUUUGCCAGAGACAAUAUUUGUGAGAGCCUGUGAAUCAAGAAUGGAUCUUAUGAGAGCUGUAAUUAUUGGAGCUGAAGGGACUCCUUACCAUGACGGUCUUUUCUUUUUUGAUAUUCACUUCCCUGAUACCUAUCCUUCAGUGCCUCCAAUGGUUCAUUACCAUUCUGGUGGGCUUACAAUCAACCCUAAUCUAUACAACUCUGGUCAUGUAUGCCUGAGUCUUCUCGGUACCUGGUUUGGUAAUACGAGGGAGAACUGGCUCCCAAAGGAGUCCACAAUGUUACAGCUUCUUGUCUCAAUCCAAGGACUCAUCUUGAAUCGAAAACCGUACUAUAACGAACCUUUCGUUGGGUGGACCAAGUGGACUCCAUUAGGCGAGCCUUUUUCCAAAGGUUACAGUGAGAACGUAUUCAUAUUGUCGUUACGAACAAUGGUUUACAUCAUGAGGAAGCCACCAAAUCACUUUGAAGAGUUUGUUCGUAGCCAUUACUUCGUAAGGGCUAGCGAUAUAGUGAAAGCAGCCAAUGCUUAUAUAGACGGUGCUCCUGUUGGUUCCAUAGUUAAAGGUACUAGCCAGGGCGGGUCCAUGAAGUUUAGAACCGAAGUGGCUGUCUUUAUGAAGACAGUUGUGGAUGAGUUCGUUAAACUAGGAGUCAAGGAGCUUCAAGAUAAACUGAAGCCACCACCUGUGAUUCAUACUAACACAUCGAGGCUGUGUUUUAUAUUUAGCAUGCUAUGUUUAUUGUUUAUUUUGUUGGUGGGUGGUUCAUGGUAG